AAUCAGUCGCGCUUCGACCUUCGCCGCGGAGGGAUUUCGCACGUCGCUCUCCUUUCGCUCUCACAGUCUGCCCGUUAUCGUAUACUAGUUACCGUUCGUGCGAUCGUCGGUCGUCGCGCGAUUUCCGUCGCGUGAGGUGAGACGUACGUCAAUCAGAGACACACACACACACACACACGGACACACACCACACAACACACGCCGCGCGCGAUUCAGUGUCGUGCGCCACCCGUGUGCUCCGUGGAUCUUUUUUUUUCGCGUCGUCCGGUCAGUGCCGAGGUACCGCACCGCGGUGAGUUCUACGCCAGCGGCGGUGAACGCGUCACCCAGGGUCUCAUCGUCGGUGGAUGCUGCUCGCCCCGUGGCUGCCGCGCGAGAUCUCGAGGAGUCUGAAGCCGGACCGCCCGAUACGAAUAGCCGCGUGGAGUAGAUUGCUUCGAGGAUUUCGAAAUAGACAUGUGCGCCGAGGAUCAACCGGACGUUGUUCGCCAAUGACGCAGGCAACGGCGACCAGGUGACAACGAGAGGACCGUGACGCACGCAGCCAAACAAUCGACUGAAAAUGGCCAAGAGCGCUGAAAGAUUGCCCGGUACUUCCACCAGACUUAGGACCAGAGACGACGGUUGCUGUUCCGUGAAUUUCUUGAAAUACGUUCUUCACAUUUACAACGUGGUGUUGUUUCUGUCCGGACUGGUGGUGGGUGGCAUCGGUAUCUGGACGGUGGCGGCGAAGCACAGCUACGUGUCCCUGAUGUCCACGUCGACGUAUCCCACUUUGGCCUACGCCCUGAUCGUCGCAGGUGUGCUGGCUGUCAUCGGUAGCUGGCUCGGAUGCGGCGGCGUAACUUCUGAAAAUCGAUGUGUCCUCCUCGUGUACGUCUUCGUGGUGAUGGCGGUGCUCGUCCUGGAGGCCGGGGUCGGCGCGUUGGCGCGCCUCUACGAGGAGCAGGUUGGCCCCGAAUUGAAGAUGAAUCUGAACCGCACCUUCCUCGAGAACUAUUCUGUGCGAUCCCGGGAGACCGCGGCCAUCGACCAGAUGCAGAGAGAGUUCAAAUGCUGCGGUGCCUUGAGAUUCGAGGACUGGCUCGUGAGCGAGUGGCAUAAGGACGAGGAGGUCCUCAAGAAUGGCAGCGUCGUACCUGACAGCUGCUGCAAGACGCCAACGCUACUUUGCGGGAAAAGGGAUCAUCCCUCCAAUAUUCAGUACACGGGCUGCAUUUAUAAGUUCCUGGAGACGACGAAGGACCACCUGAUAAUUCUGGGCGCCGUCGGACUCGGUCUGUCGGUCCUCGAGCUCUUCGGCAUUGUUCUCGGCUCUUGCCUUUAUAUAAAGCUCAGGCACGACUUUGAUGACUGAGAAUUGCUUCAAUGCCCCGAGGGCAACAACAACGGCCAGUCGUGGUGCAGAUACAUGCAGAACAAUCCGGAGACCGUUUGAUCGUCGGAGUAGGGGCGGGAGGACGCGCGAUUACAGCCGCGGGAUCGUACGGAUGAAAGGGAACCGUCCACGACCGCGGGCCCUCGUUCGCCGCUCCCUCCUCCCCCCCUACGCGCUCAGAAAGGUAUCAACAAGUGAAAACGGUGUGGCAACGAUAAAGAAACCGAAGACGCCGUCUUCGUCGCUCGUUGCCUCUCGCUUCCCGCGGACUUUGCGCGAAUUACGGACAAUCGAAGAGGGAAGCGAAAGUUCAAAGGUAAAAACAAGGUAAAUUGUAGAAAAAGAAAGAGAAUCGACCCGACGUCUCGGAGUCGCGGUCUGAAGGCGCAAAGGCGCGCCUCUGAUCGUUGAAUACUUGCGCAACGGAGUUGGAUUUAAGACCGCGUCGUUAUCCGCAUUGCCGGCGAUAUUAAAUAGAUCCUUACGAAGACGGGUGCCAUUACGAGAUUUCAAAGAAAUGAGAAAAAUCGGAAAUGCGCGGUAUCACGAAGAUUGCUUCUCUCGAAAUCGAUCGGCUUCGUUCGUGCCUUCGUAAUGAUUUAUCUCGCAAUGGGGCUCUACGCCGCGUCUUCGUUGUAUGUAUAUUCGUCUCGGAAUUUCCACGAGCGGCAAAAAUGCCGACGGGUUUUAAAUCCGGCUUUAGUGCCUUCUCAAAGUUCUUGCGUUCCCACGCGAGAGAUUACAAAGAACGAAUGAGCCACACUUUUGAUAAACGCACGAACGCGCGUGGGCGCGCAUUCGCGGUAUAACGCAGGACCAGUAUAAUUAUCCCGAGUAUGUAUCUCCCUCGCGAUCGGCGCGGGCCGAUCGGCUGGCGCGACUCCACGACUAGCCGAAAACCUUUGUAGUUGUCUCGCUGUCAAUAUGACGUUUGAAUAUUUUCUGUGGUAUUUUCUCCCGAACAAAAAAGAGAAAAAAAAACGAGGAUCCUUUUUUAUAGCGCAUCGUCAGCUCGUUGACGUUAAUCAUACGUAGCUCUACUAAUCUCCGCCGCCUCAAAAACGGAGCGCGGCGUUAAUAUUUUACAAAAUAUCGGCGAUAUAUCUCGCACGAGCGCGCGAAGGCGCUGUUCGACUCCACUCGAUACUGCCACUUGCAAAUUUGCACAAUUUUCAAUCGCGAUCCGGAGCACCGAUUGCAUCGUUGUAAGAGCCAUGACAAAAAAAAACCGAAACUCUCGCGCGUCGAGGGAGAAGCCACGCGACUGCGUCUUCUCCAGCGUAACCAAAAAAAAAAGAAGAAAAAGGAUCUGAUCGAGUCGAGUUAAUGUCAAUUUUCACUGCGAUCGGAUCAUCGAGUUUUAGCUUGCGUCUCUAUUUUUUUUCUCUUGGCUCGCGUUGACGGAUAAAUAAUCGAAAGAUGCCGUGAACACGAUGACGGGAUCGAUCUGUGUAUCCGUGCAGCGAAGACAAGGCGAAAAUCGACUUGAAACUAGAACUAUAAGUAAACAGUGCCUUGAUGAUAUUGUUAAGCACAGAGAUAUUUUAGAGUACACACG